AUGUGUGGACCUCAGGUUGUUAGCAAAUUCAAGACUGUACCACUGUCUAACAGCACGGUGAAAGACAGAAUUGAUAGAAUGGCUGGAAACGUUGAGAACACACUGAUAGAAAAUCUCAAAAUGGGCCCGUUUUCCAUCCAGCUCAAUGAAACUACAAAUGUAGAGGCGAUCCUGAUUGUAUAUGUACAGUACAUCAACAAAACCGAACUGAAACAAGACAUUCUUAUGUCUGUCAAUCUAACAACCACCACACGAGAAGAAGAUAUUUUCUGUGUUGUUGACACAUACUUCACAAAACACAAUUUUCCCUAUAAUAAUUUAGUUGCAUGCUGCACAGAUGGAGCUGCUUCUAUGAUGGGAAAGAAUAAAGGCUUCAACAGCUGUUUGAAAGAAAAAGCGCCCCACUGCCUGGUGUUUCACUGCAUGAUACACAGACAGGCUCUGGUCAGCAAACACCUCUAUGAGGAACUAAAUGAAACCUUAAAGACUGUUGUAAAAAUUGUGAACUUUAUUAAAACUCGUCCAGUCAACAAACAAAUCUUUGCACAGCUGUGUGAGGAUGAGACACACCAGACACUCCUCCUCCAUACUGAGGUGCGCUGGUUGUCCCGGGGCAAAGUGUUGGAGCGUUUCAUUGAACUUCAAAACCCAAUAAGAGACUUCCUGACCCUCCAUAACCAGAAACUACUGGAGGAAAUGACAGCCGAGGUUCUAAUUAAGACAUCAUACCUGGUGGAGAUAUUCAGUCUCUAUAAUGAAACAAACAAACGCAUGCAGGGCGCAGAGACCAGUAUAAUGGUGUGCAAGAAAGCAGUGGAUGCAUUUUUGUGUAAAGUGGAGUACAGAAAGAACAAACUGGUGAAGAGGGAUCUACAGCCCUUCCCCUCUUUAAAUAAACAAGCAGGGAGGAAAUUAUCCGAUGCUUUGAUCUACCAGUUCACCCACCACAUGGAGCAGUUUCUGGACGAGAUGAAAUCCCAGUUUUCAGACAUAAAUGAACACAUCGCAAAAGACGCAUGGGUGAUGGACCCAUUUCUCAUGAAACAGGAGGAUGUGGAAUAUCUUCAGGCUGAGGACGAGCUCAUGGAUAUUAAGUCGAAUUCUCUUUUGAAGAAAUUCUAUGAUGAAUAUGGAUACAUGCGGUUUUGGCUUGUGAAAGGACCUGACAUCACUCCAAAACUUGUGCUUCAUGCAACCACCAGAUUCAUCGUGCCGUUCGCAACAACAUACCUAUCAAAGACUGCUUUCAGUGCUCUUGUCACCAUCAUAUCAAAGGCACGUAACAAGCUUGACAUUAACAGUGACUUUCGUUUGGCUGUCACCAAAAUCACACCUGACAACCCAUCACUGGCCAAAGAGUUACAAGCCCAAAGCUCACAUUAA